CGAAGAGGAGAAACGAAACGAACGGUGGUAGAUGUAUGUGCAUGACUCAUGCGCCGACAAGCUUAUCUCGGCGAUCCUUCGGUGAUAGGGCAACAACAAGCGCCGAAAAGUCUCGAAACACCGUUCUACCUCUGCAACUUCAACCUGUAUUACUCACACGUCGCCAUGGCCUUUCCUGGGAUGGGCAUGCCUGGAGGGCAGCAAUCAAAUCAAGGUGUAUCAGACCAGGAACAGAUGAUGAUAAAAUAUAUGACGGCUGGGAUGGAAUCGUGCCCAUUCAAGGCCGUCUUGUCAGGUGUGAUGGGUUUCGGUCUCGGUGGAGCGUUCGGCCUGUUCAUGUCUUCUAUGCGAUACGAUACUCCAAUGUCGUCCCCACAAUCCGCGGCUAUGGCAGAGCUACCACUCCGACAACAGCUGAGGCAGGGCGCAAAAGAGAUGGGUAGAGCAUCGUGGUCGUCGGCCAAGAAUUUUGGGAUGAUUGGUGGCAUUUACUCCGGCACCGAGUGCGCCAUCGAGAAAGUUCGCGCGAAAAACGAUCUAUGGAACGGCAUAAGUGCUGGAUGUCUGACGGGCGGUGCACUGGCUAUGAAGGCGGGUCCCCAAGCUACGGCGCUGGGCUGCGCUGGCUUUGCUGCAUUCAGUGCGGCGAUUGAUGCUUACAUGCGUGGACCAGACGCAGAAACGAGUAGACCGAUUGAUUGAUUGAAUGAAUGCGGUGAAAGGACAUAGUGUCUUGUAUAUACGGUUCAGUACAUCAAGACAGAUGUAUCUGGAGAGGGCAUCAAGCAUAGACGGCGUUACGGAACAGGGUCCUCGAUUAAGGGCGGCAUCAGAGCUCUGGAGUCUGUCUACAAUAUUUUACGUGUAUAAUAGCAUCUCAUCUUUGAAUAAACUACGUUUCGAUGCGAGCAGAACACU